AUGAGCUUCCCUCUACCUCCCCUCCUCUCCCGGUCAUCCUCGCUGCCCUUCGUUCCCUUUUUCCCGGGCGUGCGCACCCGCUCACGCUUUCUCGCGGCCACGCAGGAGACGGCCGUCAAGACGGCGGCCUUCCCUUGGCAGGACGCGCACUUGCUGAGCCAGUACUUCUCCCCGCCCUGCGCGCAGCCCGUGCCCCCCGCCGCCGUGCCCGAUGGCCCCACCGAGCACUCGGACGGCGACAUCGCCGAGACCCAUUCUGAGGUGAUUGUCGAGGUGACGGGCUGCCAGGACGCCAUGACAAACGGCACCUACGUUUGGAUUGGCGUCAGCAAUUUGAGGCCCGUCUACAGACUGCUGGGCCCGGAGCCUCGCUAUCUCCACUACACCGAGGUCAGCGUCGCGUCUGGCUGGCAGAUCGUGAGCAAGAUGGGCGGCGCCCAGGAGCCCGUGGAAAGAUUCCGCGGGUCCCUGGACGACUCGCUGCCCGUCCACUGCAAGGCGGGCGACCUCGGGUCGCGGGUGGUGGACACGGGGUUGUCUGCUCAGGUGGCGGGCAGGAUCAGCAUGAUCAGCUGCGGCGAGGAAAGAACGACGAUCCGGAGCAAGUUGGCCGCCGUGUUCGGCAGGUACUUCACCCAGCUGGAGGCGCAGCACAGGGUGCUUGCCUCGGGUUCCCCCGCGGUCGUCAGCGUGGCCUGCACGUUGGAGGCGCAGCAGCGCGCCGUGCGGCGGAUCGGCGGGCAGCUGGCCGCGGAGGUCCAGCGCCGCGAGGCCGCCGAGGCCCAGCUGCGCUGCGUGGAGGAGGCUUUCGAGACGCUGCAGCUCCGCAUGCAGGCCCAGCUGCCGCAGCGGCCCGCCUGCGCCGCGCUGGUCGCCGCCCCGCCGGCGGGGGCCCCGCCGCUCCCGCGGCGGCGGCCCGCUUCUCCAGGAGGCGCGGCGCUCGGCGGCGGCGGAGCCGCUGCUGGGCCCGCCGGCGGCGCCCCCGCGGCGGGAGUUGCCGGCUGA